AUGUUUGAAAAGUCGCUUACAGACCUCAUACGAGGCAUCAGAGCCAACAAGAAGAACGAGCAAAAAUAUAUUGCAGUCUGUUUGCAAGAGAUUCGAAAUGAAGUCAAAUCCAACGAUCUCGACAUCAAAUCCACUGCUGUUGCCAAGUUAACUUACUUGCAAAUGCUUGGCUACGACAUGUCAUGGGCCUCCUUUUACAUGGUGGAAGUCAUGUCGAGCCCCAAGUUUUUGCACAAAAGAACGGGUUAUUUAGCUGCUACACUCAGUUUCCAGCAAGAUACAGAUGUGCUCAUGUUGACGACCAACCUGAUCAAAAAGGACUUGGCUUCACCUGCCCCUGUGGAUAUUGGUAUUGCACUCAACGGUUUAUCACAUAUUGUCACGCCUGAUUUAGCAAGAGACCUUUCGCCCGAUCUCGUCAGCAUGUUGAACCACUCCAGACCGUAUAUCCGCAAAAAGGUGGUGCUUGUACUCUACAAGGUCUUUUUGAAAUACCCAGAGGCACUUCGUAUCAGCUUUCCUCGUUUGAAAGAGAAAUUGGAAGACCCUGAUCCAUCCGUUGUGUCUGCUGUGAUUAGUGUGAUCUGCGAGUUGGCCCGUAAGAAUCCCAAAAACUACCUGUCUCUUGCGCCACAACUGUUCAAGUUGCUCACCACAUCCUCCAACAACUGGAUGUUGAUCAAGAUCAUCAAACUGUUUGCUGCUUUGACGCCCUUGGAGCCUCGCUUAAUCAAGAAGCUGCUGCCUCCUCUUACAUCGUUGAUUCAAACAACGCCUGCCAUGUCGUUGCUGUAUGAAUGCAUUUACACGGUGAUUACAGGUGGAUUUCUCGAGGCUGCUGGUGAUGCUGGACAUGCUUUGGCUGCCACAUGUACAAACAAGCUGAGAAAGUUUUUGGAGGACCCCGAUCAAAACUUGAAAUACGUUGGCUUGCUGGCCAUGAGCAAGCUAUUAGCAACACAUCCUAGAUUGGUCGCAGAGCACAAGGAUUUGAUUUUGGAGUGCAUCGACGACGAGGACAUCAGUAUUCGUUUGCGUGCCUUGGAUCUUGUUGUUGGCAUGGUACACCGCAAGAACAUUGUGGAGAUUGUCAAACGCCUGAUUACGCACAUUAUGCCCGAGCAGCCUGAGCAGUCGUUGCAUGAUCCCUCCACCAUCUUUGACCCUGUUUAUCGAACCGACAUUAUUCACCGCAUCAUCUUUAUGUGCUCUCAAAACCACUAUCACCAUCUGAACGAUUUCGAGUGGUAUAUAAGUGUGUUGAUGGGCAUCACUUACAAGGCGGGUGUCAACGUAGGCAAUGUACUCACCAAUCAGCUGAUGGAUGUCAGUGUGCGUGUCAAAAGUGUGCGCGAAUAUGCCGUCAAGCAAAUGUACCAUUUGUUGCAAGACAAAAAGUUUCUGGAAACAGCCAAAAGACGAGAUGCCAACAUUGAAGUCCUGUCAGCAGCAGCCUGGAUUUGCGGCGAAUACUGCAACUAUUUGGAGGACAUUCCAUCCACGCUGGAGUGCUUACUUGCUUCUCAAGCAGCGCAUUUACCCGUUAAAGUGCAGGCCAUCUAUGUGCAUAGUGUCAUCAAGAUUUUCGCCUAUUGGACCAGCCAACUAACAUCGCAAUGGAACACAGAACUCCAGCAUGAAUUCGUCAAAGUAACUCAGGUCAUGUGUGAUAAAAUGGACAUGUUCAUCCACAGCACCGAUCUUGAAGUACAAGAAAGAGCCUACGACGUCAAAUCUCUGUUCACCAUCAUUUUGGAUGCGGUCAAUGCACAGGACGGUGUGCCUGCUGUUUUGGAAGGUCUCCCUGAGCUGUUCUUUAUGUAUGAACUCAAUCCUGUUGCGCCGAAAGCGCAAUCCAAAGUGCCUAUCCCUGAGGGUCUGGAUUUGGAUGCCUGGAUCAAUGACCCCCUGCCUGAUUUAGUGGAGGACAUGGAUUCAGAUGAUUCCAAAGAAUCUGCUCAACCCUUUUACCAACACAAGAAAAAAAAGAAGCACAGCAAAAGGGACGCCAGCGAUGAUGAGGAUACCAAGGAAAAGCGUCGCGCAGCAAGAAGAGAGGCUCGCAAGAACGAUCCCUUCUAUAUUCCCAGCAGCGACAAAAAACUGGUUGACUUUGACAGCGACAUUGACAGUAUUCCUGUAGUUGAAUUGCGCCUGGAUGAUAUCAAGAAGCCCAAAAAGAGCAAGAAAACCAAGAAGCCCGUGGUGCAGCCUAUCUACGCUGAAGAGGAGAUGCCUGAGAAUGCAGCCAUGUCUGAUGAAGAGAAACCAGCCAAGAAGAAGGGAUCUGUGUACACCAAAAAGUCGACCCGUGAUAUCUUUGAAAGCGCUGAGGACACAGGUCUCAACAAUGUGGAUUUGUCAACUCCCUUGGGCGAAGAUGAGAAGUUUGAGCAGCCCAAGGCUUAUUUGAGCCCUGAAGAAGUGCGCAUCAAGGAAGAAGCUCGCUACAGAGCAGAGCGCAAGGAAUUGAGAGCACUCCAGAAAAAGAACAAGGAACUGCUAGAGUCCAACAAAAAGACAAGAUCAAAAAAGGCUGAAAAGCAACCCGAAGCAUCUGCCACUGAUAAAAAGAAAAAGAAGAAAAAGAGCUCAUCCUCUUCAUCCAAAAAGACAAAGGCACCUGCUCAAAACGAUGAAUUGGUGCCUGAGGAAUUGGGAGUCAACAUGGAUGAUAUCAAGGAGGCAGUCAAUGAAAAGCAAGAGCCAUCUAUCGAGAUCUUUAGUAAUGAUCAAGUGUCAUUGAUGGGAUUAUUGCAAUUAGAUGCAGCCAAUGAGACACCUACUAUCGGCAUUCAUUUCACUGUUGAGAACAAGGACCAAGCCAUGCUGCCCAGUCUCCACAUGGAAUUUGCGCAAUCGUUUGAUCUCAAGAACAUCUCCAACGAGGAUGCCAAUGUAGCUUCAGCGACUGAGCACUUUGAACUGCAAGCACAUGAGAAGGUUGAAUGUGAAGCUUAUUUCCAGGUGCAAGGAAAUCCUCGUCGUGGCCUCUGUCUUCGCGGUGAUUUGUUCUAUGAUAUUGAGGGUUCGUCGGCUAUUCAUCAACAUGCUAUUGAAAUACCUAUUCCUGUUAGUCUGUUCCUAGUCGACACACCAAUGGAUCCCACUUCUUUUGCCACGUUGUUGGCAGAGCAUGGCAGUGAAUUUGAGUACCAUGGCAACGUCCAAGUCCAAGUGGCCCUGCAAGAAGAGUCCUCCAUUCAAGAGGCCAUCAUCAAUGCAUUUGAAAUUGUCACCCGCACCAGUGGUUUAAUGGUGGUGGAAGUCAUUGCAGGUGCUGCAUCCCUAUACGGUAAAAGCAUCCAAGGCAGCCAAGUGGCCGGUCUUCUCAAGUGCAAUUUGGACAUGGAGGACAAGAUGGCGACAUUGACUGUUGAUCUCAAGAGCACUGAUGACGAUUUAUUGGAUGGCAUGAUCCACCAACUAGAGACCAUUCAGAAUAGCCUGUAA